GAAUAGUUAAAUAAAAUGGAAAGUAAGAUAAGUGAUACUCUUCGGAAUUAUAGGAAUUUGAAGAAAGAGACAUUACUGAAAGAUUUGGAAAAGAAAGUGGAUGAUGAGCUUUUAUUAUCAUUGAUAAUCAAAGGAGUUUGGAAAGCCUUCUAUCAACCACUAAAUAGUGAAAUAUAUUUCAGGACUUACAAAAUAGAAGAUAGUGCAAUCAUUGUAUUUUAUCAUUCCAAGGAAAUGGUGAUGAGAGAAUUAGUUUACGAGGAAGAAGAUGAAACUUCAUUCACUGGAGAUUAUGCUGUUGCAGGAAUCCCAUAUCUCUCCUUUUCAAACUUAUGCUUAGGGCAUUUUCAUUCCUUUGGGCCUAAGAUGAUUCGAAAAAUAUAGUGAUCGGAGUUCUAGGAAUAAAAUUGAGUCUAAAGAGCAAUCUUUAUAGAGAACUGGCUUUCAAAAUCCUGGGCAAGACUAUUUCAAGUUUUACUUUCAAUAAUUUUGAAAUGAAUUAUAAAAAUGUGGCCAAGGUCUUGCUAGUUGGAAGACAAUGCAAUGAAAUUUGAUUCUUCAUGUGAAGAAUCAAAUUCAAUAAGCUCCCCAUCAGCUUCUGGAGUUAUAGAUACGACCUUGACUCAAAUGUCAAACUUCGUGUUUUGGAGUUUUUAAAUUGUACUCCGCUUUAUAUGAGAUUUGCAACAGAAACCUCAGAUAAGUCCAGUAUUGCACAAGUUGAUAAGAAUCUAAAACCAAAAGAAGAAAUAAAUUGUGUAAUAGAUACCAAUGUCAACUCCUCUAUAAAUGAAAUAGAUUAUACAGAAAUGGUAUCUGAGCUUAUGAAUCACAUCUGCUGUUCACACCUCAUGAAGAAGAUUGAAAUAGUGGCUUUCAAAUUUGGAUAUAAUAAUAUCGAUCAAAUAAAAAUUGCCUCUCAGUUUAAACACUUAGAUGUAAAAUUUCAGGGUGAACUUUAUGGAACGAAAUUGGAGGUUACUUUAAAAAAAUACUCAGACUAAAUCCCCUCAACUCAAGUCAAACCUUCUAAAGCAAAGAACCAGCAUCUUGUCAUUUAAGAGGAAGUAAUU